AUGAGCACUCCUAAUCUACCAGAUGGUACUAUCAGAUCCGGUUUACCAUUUGAUUUCUGUCUCUCUGACUACGCUCUUCCAGUACCAGUCAUAUCACAAGCAUCAUCCCUAGUUUCUGCCCCCAGAAAUGUAUUUAAUGCCUAUCCAUCAAAUGCACAAUCUAGAGGCAAUAACAUCCUACAGAAACCUACCGUCAGUAAUUCAACGUCGAAUUUCUCCUUAGUCACCACAAAUAAUAUUACGCAGUCAAAUACCAACAGUUUUGCAAAUUACCCAGCAUUCAACAGUAUCUUUCAAACACUUUUACGUGGAACAAAUUCAUCGCAAGUUACCGUCUCCCCUUCAAAUGUCUCAGGUUAUAUAAAUACGAUAACAGGACCGACUGGAAAUUUAUUCACUGGUUUUCGACCUACACAACUACCUUAUCAAUCGAAUAUGCGUAUCACUACUCCUGGAAUCGUCUCAUCUGGAUCCACUCAUGGUACAGUAAACUCAGUUGCACUGAAAUCAACAAACUAUAACACACGUAACAAUAUGAAUUCCACACCGACGUGUACAACCGUGGUCACUACAACUUGCAGUUCACUGACUACUACUAGUCGUACACCGGUUGCAUCUGUAGACUCAUUGUUCAUUUCAAGUAAUCUUGUCCCAGUUCCGAACUCAAUUAACGGGAUGCAAAAAUUAGGUCCAAUGGCUUUCCUUCGAUGGGCGGAAGUGUGUACACGAUUGUUUAAAAAGGAGCGAAUUUCUGUUUGGCCUCGAUGCAAAGUCGAUACAGAUGCAUUGCAUGAAAUGAAUUGGAUUAUUGCUCCACCUGGUCUUUUGGGUAUUUAUUCGGAAUCUCCUUUUUUACGACCUGUAGUACUGCUACGUCGUGUUCAGUUUACCGCUUCUGGAAAUAUUAAUCCAAAUAUUCCGGAUACUGACAAUAUGGUCCGUUCUUUGCGUGAAAUGGCUGAUGCCAAAGUAACAAAAUAUCCAGGUUUUGCUCCACAUUUUCCACCUUCCGCAGCUUCGGUUGGUUUUACGACAGAUUACAUGACCUAUGUGUUUAACUUGGAAUUGGAGCGUCAAGUUGUCAAACUACUACGUUCUAAAACUGGUGGUCAUUCAGAUUGGAGAGUAGUACUGCGACUUGGUUGGGCCACAACAGAUUUCUAUGUUCCAAACAAUGCUCUCACAAAUGUUGCAUCUCAUCGAGCCCUUGUUUUGGAGUCGUUGCCUCGUUGCUUGUCUGUUCGUGUUUCAGGUCGACCUGUACCUUUACCUGAUCCAAUUUUCCAUGGUGGUCAAGCUCAACGACUUGGCAAGCGCCUUCGUUUAUCCAUUGAUAUUACAGACAAAAUCCUUAUGAAGUAUAGUUCUGCAGUGCGAAACAAAAUUGUCGAUAUUGAAUUAACUUGGUUACAUGCCCCACUGGAAGAUCAAUCAGUGGAACUGUUAAAUCUAGUUGCUGAUGGAUUAGUUUCUCCAUUGUUAUGUCAUCUUAUUGGAAUGCCAUUAGUUCAAGUUACACUUGAUCGUGCUUAUACUGUGGCAGAUCUACGUAAUACAUUCAAUUUAGAUAAUGUAGAAGCGCAUAAACAAUUUCUUAGUGGACCAUUCUUAGAUCCUGUUGAAUUUCCAUCACUGAUAAUGAAUCCAGAUGGUUCAGGACCAUUGAAAGAUCAUGGAGUAUUUGGAGCGUAUGACAACUGUUUACCGCCGGCAUUUUCACUUCCAGCUGAAAAUACAAAACAUGAGCUAAAGUCUCGCUUACAAAAAACAUCUAACGAUAAUGAUGAUUUAUCUAUUGAAGACGUUGAUGUUCAACUUGCUGACUACAUUCCUAUAUGUUUAUUGUGUCCAUUAACUCGAACAAGAAUUGAUGUUCCUGUACGAUCGUUCAAUUGUUCACAUCUUCAAUGUUUUGAUUUACACUCGUAUUUAACAAUCAAUAUGCGACGACCUCGUUGGUCUUGUCCAAUUUGUGGUAUCUCUGCACCAUUUCGUGAUUUAAGAGUAGAUGAAUUAUUUAUGAGUAUUUUAAAGAAUCCUCGUAGUUCCGAUGCUGAAUUUGUUCAAUUAGAUGCAAAUGGUGAUUGGCGUUUAAAUAAUCCUAAUGAUAUUCGAUCCACUGGUGUUGGUGGUGUUGGUGGUAGUGGUGGUCCAUUAAUCACAGAAUCUAAUCAACAAACUACAACAAAUGAACAAAACAUUGUAUCGAAUUCAAACUGUGCAGCAGCAGAAGGCAAUACUUCUAAUCCAUUGAAAAAAAUUGAAAUCUCUGAUGAUCUGACAACAAAAGAGAAUCAUGAUCAAUUAACUGAACAAUCAACACCAGUCACCACCAUCAAUACUACUACUGCUACUACUACUGUUGGCACAACCGAUACACUAGUGAAAAGACCAGAACAAGAAGCUAACAACACGAAUACUAUUGCUACUGUUAAUCAUUGUGACAGUAGUCAUCAAUCAGAACCGGAAGUGAUUAUAUUAAGCGAUGACGAUGAUGAUGAUGUUGGUGAUGAUAAGGGGAAGGAGUCAAACAAUGACAGUGCCAAUAGAGCUGCUUGUACUAAUCAAACUCAUAAAGAUAAUAUGAAUAGUGUUUUCCCGUGUUUAAAAGAAAAGGCCUCAACCAAUAUCAUCUCUACACAUGCACUUCCUUUUGAAAUUGAUCUAACCAACGAUGAUUCCGAUUCUUCUUCAUAUUGUGAAUCAACUAAUAGAGGAGUAUUAGAACCUUUUUUCACUACUAAUGAUCCUUCUAAUAUCUCAACAAAUGAUAUUAUUCAACAGUCGGACAUUUCAUCUGAUUUUAUUCGCACCCGAGAUGAAAUACGAUUUGGUAAUAAAGGUCCAUUGAUAGUGAUUAGUCCGUUACCACCUAUAAGUAUAGCAAAUGCAUUGUCUGGUUCAAUGAAAGAAACAACUGAUUUAAAUUCAAAUAUAGAUCAAUUCACUACUACUACUACUAUAAAUAAUGAAUUGACCAUUGAUCCUAAACAGAUUUUACGUUUAGAUAGUAGUAGUAGUAAUUGGCCUACAGAACAACUUGUACAAAAUGCACUGAGAACCUCUAAUAUUAAUAAUAAUAGUAAUACCAUUAACAAUAUGAAUCUAUACAAUACUGAUGGUUCUAAAUCUGCAUUCUAUCAACGAUUAUUGGAAGCCACUGCUCAUCGAGUGAAUCAAACAAUGCUUAAGAAAAAUUCACAUUGUUCACUAAGAGAUAAUGAAAGAUUGUUAUAUGAUGAUAAGAAGACUAUAUCACCUGCUUUCGGUAGUACUGGUGGUAGUGGUGCUUCGAAAAGGAAAGGCAAUUCAACUAGACUACUUAAUAAUAACAAUGUCGAAAGUCGACCGAAAACAUCUAGAAAAGUGCUAACAUCUGACUCGGAAGAAGAAUUAGCGGAUAAGGCGUGUUCUAUUAUACCAAGUUCUUCGACUACAACUAGUGGUCGCAACGCUCAUAUGAUCAAACAGCAACAAGUUGCUGCAUUAGCACGCCUAAUACAAGAACGUUCAAGUCGUGUGGUGAAAAGUAUGCCUGACACGUCGAAUGAACAAAAUCAAAAUGGUAUUGAAAAUCUGCCUUCAACAAGCAGUACAAGUAGGAGAGUUAUGUCUAAACGAAAAGUUGUCCGUACUCAAUCCAAGAGAAAAAAGAAACGUCCCACACGUAAACGACCACUUCGACGUCGACCAUCAAAUAUAUCUGAUGAUGAUGAUGACAGUGACUCGUCUAGUCAAUCGUUGUAUACAUCCGAAAUGUCUUGUGUGUCUAUUUCAGAACCAUCAACCGAUUCCUCAUUUGUUAAUUCAUCACAAUAUUCUGAUGAUGAAGACGAAGAAGAGUCGGUUGAGUCAUUUUCAUCCGAUGAUCGUUGGUCACCAUCACAAGUAGGCUCCUCCAGCAAGAAACAACAGACAAAACGUAAACCUCCAAAAUUACGCCGGUGAAAUCUUUCUCAACAGUUUUUUUUUCCUGUCUAAAGAUUAUUAAAAAAAAAAUAUCCAACUUUUCUUAUUAGCAUUUCUAUGUAUUUGUUCAAUCAAAUUUGUACAGUGUAAUUGGGGUGAUUUUCUUUACUUACUUACACACACUAUCUACAUGAAUCAUCGACAUGUACAUAGUAGUAGUGACUCUGACAUACGAGAUCAUUUUCAAAUGAUGAACAACUAUGUGUGUAUUCCCUUUUUCUUUUUUUUUUAUUAUUUCAAGAUAUUACUGGUUAUUAUUUCUUUGUAAACUUAAAUAAAUCUUACAGCUUAAUUAAUUAGAAAGUAGUAAUCCAAUCAGUUCACUCACACUCACUUACUAUCAAUCAAAUCGUGAACAAACAAAAAUGAUAUCACUACUACUGAUUAAUUGUCUACAAUUAUUCUUAAAGUUUAUCAUCAAUCUGUUCAAACCAAUCCAUGUGAGCAUAACGAUGAAGAAUUGGAAAGUGUUUAUAAAAUACCGAAAGAGUUGUUCUAGUAAUAAUGAUGUUGUGUUGUAUAUAACUUUGAAUGGUAUGUAUGAUACAUUAUUUGAGAUUUCAGUAGAUUUAUUGUUUUUGUGCAAAAGAACUUUGUUAACUAACGAUCAUGAAUUAUUAUUUGAUAGUAG